GUGGGAUAUCGGUGUCAUUUUGACUGGAUGAGACAUUUGUUCACUCAUCCAUUCAUCCAUACCUUCAUCCCUCCAUCAGCCAGAAGAAGGAUCUGAUGAGAGGUCUUCAGAGACUGGAGAGAAGAAAAGACCUGCUAUGGCCAGCGCAGCUGAUGGUGUCGGCAGCCUGGGAGCUGAACACAACCACCUGGGUGUGCCUGUCACGGAUCACAGAGCCUGGGCCACGGCCAUGAACAACCUGGGCAUCGUGCCGGUGGGCAUCAGCAGCCAGCAGCUGGUUUCAGACCCUCUGUGCAUUCAGAGGUUUGACGCCGGGAUUGGAAUCAUCGCGCCCAUCAACACCCUGAUGACAGGCAUCAGCCUGGUCCCUCCUCCGCCCGACAUGCCUGUCAUCAAGGAGAUCAUCCACUGCAAGAGCUGCACCCUGUUCCCUCAGAACCCCAAUUUGCCUCCUCCGUCCACUCGUGAGCGGCCACCUGGCUGUAAGACGGUGUUUGUCGGAGGUUUGCCAGAAAACGCCAAUGAAGAAAUCAUCAGGGAGGUGUUCGACCAGUGCGGGGAGAUCACCGCCAUCCGCAAGAGCAAGAAGAACUUCUGCCACAUCCGCUUCAGCGAGGAAUUCAUGGUGGACAAAGCUAUUUACCUGUCAGGCUAUCGGAUGCGUAUUGGAUCAAGUACUGAUAAAAAAGACUCGGGAAGGAUCCACGUGGACUUUGCUCAGGCCCGAGACGACCUCUAUGAGUGGGAGUGCAAACAGCGCCUACUGGCCAGAGAGGAACGCCACCGACGGAAGAUCCACGAAGACCGCCUGCGGCCGCUGUCUCCUCCUCCCAUCGUGCACUACUCUGAGCACGAGGCGGCGCUUUUAGCAGAUAGACUGAAAGAUGACUCUAAGUUCACUGACGCCACGGCUGUACUGUUCACGUGGAUCGACCGCGGCGAAGUGAACCGACGGACUGCCAACCAGUUCUACUCCAUGAUCCAGUCGGUCAACAGUCACGUCCGGCGGCUGAUGAGCGAGAAGGGUCAGCACGAGGAGGAGAUGGAGCAAGCCAAGGAAAUCUUCAAGAACGCCCUCCUCGCCAUUUUGACUCAGUUCGAGCAGAUCACCGCCGUUUUCACCGCCGCCACCAGGCAAAAGGCAUGGGACCAUUUCUCAAAAGCACAGCGCAAGAACAUAGACAUUUGGCGCAAGCAGUGCGAGGAGCUGAGAAACGCCCACAGUGAGGAGAUCAUGGGCAUCCGGCGGGAGGAAGAGAUGGAGAUGUCGGAUGACGAUUUGGAUGAAAAUCCGUCCAAGAGGCCGCGCUCUGACGAAAACGGAGUGUGCGAUCAAAGCCACGCCUCUCUGAAGGAGGAGAACGACUCCCUUCGUUGGCAGCUGGACGCCUACAGGAACGAGGUGGAGCUGUUGAGGAGUAAAUCGUGUCGCCCCGACGACGAGCAGACGCUGACACGCUCGCACAGUCCCACGGCUCAGAUCCAGCUGCUGCAGCAGAGCAUCAGCACCAUGCAGCAGCAACUUCUCAGCCUGCAGGAACAGCUGAGGAGUAAAGAAGCUGAGCUGGAUCAGGCCAGAGAGGAGCAGCGCCACCUAGAGGGGGAGGUGGUCUUACUCCGAGACAAGCUGCUGAAUGUUAACGGGGAGGCCAUAGAAGUGAUUAACGGGAAGCUGCACGAGAAGGGAAUCAACGGUUGCGUUCCUUCACUGUACCACAGCAGAGAGCGGAGGAGUGAAUUCGUCACCAGAGGAGGCGUCGCUUCAGAGAAGGAGGUUCUGCUGCUCGGUAUUAUUUCCACGUUCCUCCACGUUCAUCCAUUUGGGGCGAACCUUGAGUAUCUGUGGUCGUACAUCCAGAGGCUGGACUCAAAGGUAUCGGCGGUGGAGCUGGAACGCUUGAUGGUCCGUCUGCCGGCGAUGUUCAGGCAGGAGCUGAGCGGUGUCGGCGCCACGCUGGAGAAACGAUGGAAAUUCUGUGGAUUUGACAGCCUGGGAUCAGCGUGACGCAGGGCAAACGCACACACACCCGCCACGGAAAACCAGGCGAGCGCCUGCAGACCUUAACCUGCGUGUGUGCGUUCCUGAAUCUUGAAUCUGACAAAUGAUCUUUAUUCAGACACUGGAAAUGGAACAGACGUGACAUUAAUAAUAUCUCAGAUUUUGGCUGAUCUGCCUCUUGACAAAAUAUUUAUGGUGAGAGUUGGACUACAGCAGGACUUGACACCUUGGGUCAGGCCUGUGGAACCACCCAGGCAGUCCGUCCUCACCUCAUCACUUCUCCAACCAGGAAAACCUCUGACCCUCAAACUGUUGUCUUCAUUUGUUCAUCUUCAGAUAAAAGUCCAGCAUUUCUAAGCCCCCACCACCACCACCACCCCAGGGUUUGUUGGAUUUUUUGGGGGGUGGGGGCGGUGAAUUUUGUUCCAUUACAUCACCUUGAAUCCAGAGAUGUUUAUGUUAGAAUAAACUGAUUUUCACGUGGUGAAAACUUUUGAGUUUGUGCAUGUUCAGAAAGCGUUGACCUGGUACCACAUUAUUUUGGGUGACGCGAAAAAAACAAAAGCAACGCAAACGCAACCGGAGAGAUCUGGAGGAAAAUUAGGCUAAUUAGUGUAAUUUACAGAACAUUUAAUUGUUUGUUUGAACAAAUGCGCCCAAUAAAAA